GGGAGAUGUUGACGCUGGAGUGAAGAUGGCGCCGGGAGGGAGCGGCGGCGGCGGCGGCGGCGGUUCCGGCUUCCUCUGCCGGCUCCUCCUGGCCCUCCUGGCCGGGCUGCUCUCCGGGGGCCCCGCGCAGGCCCGGCUCCACCACCUCACCCUCAAGGAUGACCUGCGGCAGAAAGUCCACCUCAACACGUUUGGCUUCUUCCAGGAUGGAUUCAUGAAGGUCACGGUCAACAACCUCUCGGUCAAAUCCGUAGGGGAGAGCGACAAAGACAUUCAGGUGGGCUUCAGCUUAGAUCGAACACAGAACGAUGGAUUUCCCACUUACCUGAAUGAAAAAGUGGAUUAUUGCAUUUUGAAUCAAAAACCAAGCCAUGAAGUCUUGGUCAUCAUUCUGCUCCUGGAUUUCUCAGAGAAGUUGGUCAAAAUCAAGUUUGGAAACAAAACUCCACAGUUGCCUGAAAUUAUCUUUGGCGAAUCCCAAGCAGCUGGUCCUCCAGGAAUUACCGAGAAAUCUGAACCUAAGCAGUCGCCUAAGGACAAUACGACAGAAGUUCAGGUGCCUGCUGAGCGAACGCACCCAAUGCAAAGCGGGAACAAUAGUUUUUCAUUUCAGUUCAACAUCAAUUCAAAGGAACAAGAAGGACUUUAUAGUCUUUAUUUCCACAAGUGCAUACUGGGAAAUGUGCAGACUGAACAGGUCCCCUUCAGCCUGAAUAUCGCAAUCAUCGAGCAGAAUCCCAACAGCUACCUCUCCGCUGGAGAAAUCCCACUCCCCAAGCUGUACAUUUCCAUGGCAUUUUUCUUCUUCGUGGCCGGGGUCGUGUGGAUCCACACCCUUCGCAAGCUCAGGGCUGACGUUUUUAAGAUCCAUUGGUUAAUGGCUUUGCUUCCUUUCACCAAGUCCCUUUCCUUAGUCUUCCAUGCGAUUGAUUACCACUAUAUCUCCACACAGGGCUACCCCAUCGAGGGCUGGGCUGUGGUCUAUUACAUCACACACCUGUUAAAAGGCGCCCUGCUGUUCAUCACCAUUGCUCUCAUUGGAACAGGCUGGGCUUUUAUUAAGCACAUCCUCUCCGAUAAGGACAAGAAGAUUUUCAUGAUCGUCAUCCCGUUGCAGGUCUUGGCGAACGUGGCCUUUAUCAUCAUGGAAUCCACCGAAGAAGGCACGACAGAAUACGGGCUGUGGCGAGAGAUCCUUUUCUUGGUAGAUCUCCUCUGCUGCGGGGCCAUCCUGUUCCCCGUUGUGUGGUUGAUCCGACACUUACAGGAAGCUUCUGCCACGGAUGGGAAAGCAGCUGCCAUCAACUUAGCAAAAUUGAAGCUCUUCAGACACUAUUAUGUCAUGAUCGUCUGUUAUAUUUACUUCACCCGCAUCAUCGCCAUCCUCAUCAAGAUCGCGGUUCCAUUCCAGUGGAAGUGGCUUUACCAGCUGCUGCACGAAAUGGCGACCCUGAUCUUCUUCGUCCUCACCGGCUAUAAGUUCAGGCCGGCCUCCGACAACCCUUAUCUGCAGCUUUCUCAGGAGGACGAUAGUUUGGACAUGGAAUCUGUGGUGACCACCUCGGGCGUCAUGGAAGGUAUGAAGAAAGUCAAGAAAACGGCCAACGGCUCAGCCGAGCCCCACGGCGAGAGAGAAAGCGCCGCGUGAUGGACUUGGCCUCUUCCUCCUCCUCCUCCUCCUCAACAACACACACUUCUCCUGACUUCUUCCCCCCCCCCCCCCCCCCCUCCCUCCCCCACCCUUUAGGACAAGGCAGCACUUUUUCCAGAGAACUGUAAUUUAUUGAUCCUUGGCUUCCCUCCCUCGGUGGCCCAGAAGCAAAGAGACGACCUUCCCACUGUAAAAAGAAACACACACCUACACACACGUCGGGCUUGGGCGGUGAUGGGUGGAGAGAAGGAUAAAAAUACAGCCAGGAAAAAAGAAUCCACAACGCGGUUUUGUUCCUCUGUCUUAAGGCUCGGGCUUUUCUUCUGGUGCCUAAGAGGAAGGGUUAAAAGGACGGAUGAUGGUGGCGGCUUUCUUUUUUUUUUAAGAAACAUUUUUUUUUACUUCCCCCUCUCCCCAUCUCCCUUUCUUUCCUUCUCCCUCUCCCACCCUCCCUCACCCUCUCCUUCCCUGCCACUCCCUCCUUCUCUCUCCCUCUGCCUUUCUUUCCUUCUCUCUCCCUCACCCUCUCUUUCUCCCUCCCUCUCUUUCCCUCUCCGUGUCCCUGUCUCCCUCCCACUCCCUCCUUUUCUCUCCAUCUCCAUCCUCUCCCUUUCUUUCCUUCUUCCUCUCCUUCCCCCUCUCUCCCUCCCUCCCUGUGUUCCUGUCUCCCUUCUUCUCUCUCUCCUCUUGGUCUCCAUCCUCUCCCUCCCUCUCCCUUUCUUUCCUUCUUCCUCUCCUUCCCUCUUUCUCCCUCCCUCCCUUCCACUACCACCACCUCUCUCCCUCCUCUCCCUUUCUUUCCUUCUUCCUCUCCUUCCCCCUCUCCCUCCCUCCCUCUCCCUUUCUUUCCUUCUUCCUCUCCUUCCCUCUCUCUCCCUGUCCCUGUCUCCCUCCUUCUCUGUCUCCUCUCCAUCUCCAUCCUCUCCCUCCUUCUCUGUGUUCCUCCCUCUCCUCCCCCCCCCAAAUAUCUCUUGCGUUAUUCGGAACACGAGCUUCGUUGGACUUCCGGACGGGGAAGCGGUGGCUUUGAAACGCGAUCGGAGAGGUGUGCAUAGGAGUGUAUCAAUCCGCGCUGCUUUCCGAAAUGUAAAAAACAAAAAAUAGGGUGAACUGCUUGAGAGGUGAAUGGAAAGCUUUUGUGUGUGUCCUUUGGUGGUUAGCUUGGAUGCCCCUUGCUGCGUUUAAUCAUUUCCCCCCUUGGGUCCCGUUCCCCCCCCACCUUCUUUCAGCUUUCAUUGGAGCGGAGGGCGAGGGAGGCAUUCUGGUUCUCGUCCCGCCGAAUCGGAAGCUGUUUUUUUAUUUUUGAAAUUGCUGCUUCCGUCAGUUUCCGUAGCCUGGGUGGAACUCCUUCCCUCGGGUGGCGGGAAUGUAUGCAAUGGCGCGAGAGUUUAAAUAGUAAAUUAUUAUUAUUUUUCCUUCCAUUUCUCUUUGUUACAAAGCAGAGAAGGGUUUGUAAUCCGUGGGAAGAAAAUGGCAUUAUAAAACUCUGCAGAAUUUACCAAUCUUGGAAAUUCCUCUCUUUACGCUCUGUAAAACUGUUGCAUAUUUUGGACUCUCAAUUCCCAGCACGUAUUCCUGGGAAAAGAGUGUGUGGAAAGGCCCUUGCCACUGGCUUCAGUUUACAAAAUUAGGCUCUACUCUUCUGUAGCACGGCUAGUCAACACAACAAAUGAAGCAAUUACAACCCAGAUCGGUCAACCCGGAUUCGUGAGUGACCGACAUCUUAGGAAAAGUGAAUUUUUUUAAAAAAAACAACCCUCCCCUGUUCCUAUUUCCUCCUGCCUUCCCUGACAGCACCGUAUCAUUCGAUAAAAGGCCUGUGUUCGCCUAUCAUGCUGAGCCACAAAUCAUGGUUUAAAAGCCAUCAUGGUUAAGCCCAAACUGACCGCCUUCGCUGCCUUGGUUUGUUGUGUGAACCAGGCUGUCACUGUUAGCUAUAAUGUGGUUCUCUUUUAGCUUUGGGUGAAUUUUAACCAUUGGGGGCUUGAUGGCUUGAAAUAAAAUUCAUUGCUUAAGAUAGCCAAUGUAGGCAUUUGGGAAGAUCCCUGGCCGUGUCUUCUGUUAAAUUAAGCAGAGCCGCUCAAGAUUGCAAAAUCCGAAGGCAUGUUGUGUUCUCUUUUUGUGGUGAGGGGUGCUUCAGUUGAUGGCUCCAGCAGCCCCCGGUUGAGAUUUUGGAUGGCUGGUUCCCCAAACCUUAGAUAUGGCAGUGAGGUUGCAACCGUUUGGAGGUCACAGAAGAUGCGGAGUGGUUUUACAGCUCUUAGCAAGAAGGUAGACCUGAAGUUUGUAAUCCUUGGAUCUUUUCUGAUCCCAGCUACUGAGUGAAUCUACUGCUGACUCUGUAUCUAUCCCAGAGAUCUAGGACCCAGCUUUGGGGAAGGAUAUGAUUUAAGCUUUAUUGUUUAACACAUUAAGCUCUAUUGCCAAUCCCUUCUCUGUGUUAAAUUCUACGGUAUUGUUAAAUUUUCUUGUUAAGCUUUAUGGCUAACUCUUCUUAAGCUCUAUAGGUAAGCCUUCUCCUUGUUAAGCUCCAUGGCUAACUUUUCUUGUUACAUUCUACAGCUAACCCUUCUCCUUAAUCUCUAUAGCUAAUCCUCUUCUAUUAAGCACUAUAACUAACUUUUCUUGUUAAAUCAUGUGGCUAAGUUUGCUUCUUAAGCUCUAUAGCUAAUUUUUCUCCUUCCUAAGAUCUAUGACUAACCCUUCUUGUUAAGCUCUAUAGCUAAACCGUCUCCUUGUUAAACUCUAUGACUAAGUCUCCUAAGCUCUAUAGCUACAUUUUCUUGUUAAGCUCUUCUUACUCCUCUCCACUGCUGAUCCUUCCCCUAGUCCUUGUGGCUGAAACCGGCAUCUGGUAACGUAGUCUGGGGACCGAUUAGACUCCUCAAAUGAUCACAGCAGUCAGGUGCGCGCGGAGGAAUAAAGUUUUGGGUGGCAGCCUUCUCUUUUGUGUAACUGUAAAUCCGCAAGACGCACUCCCCUGGCUCCUCCUGAGAAGUGUCUAGAAUGUAUACCUUGUUAGCGGACAUUGGAUGUAAUUGUACCAUCGAACGUGCGCUUGUAAAAGCUAAAGGGAACCACGCACCUUGGUCCGAUUUUGAACUGGAUCUUGGUGGCAUUGCCCGCUCGGGGUGAAUUUCCAGUAGCCAAGCCCCAGAUUCGGCUUCCUUUUGCACUGGGUGCACCGAAGUGGGUUUCAGACACCCUGUUAACUCUCUAUUAGUGAAAAUAUUUGGGGGACGGGGGCGGGAGGGAAUGUCUCUGCAGGCCGAGCAGCCUCCAAGUGGUUGGCCUGGAGAAUGAUCAAACUCCCUGCUUAGGACUUUUGAGUAAAUGUGAAUAAAUGUGCACCCAUCCUUCCAGCAGGCCUCUGGGAACCCCUUAAUGGUAACAGCUCUCCAGCUGUUGCCCCUUAUACCCUCCCCAACCCCCGAAAAAGUUGCCGUGAUACCUGCCUGCUCCCUCUUGGCCCUUCUAUCUCUCAAUAUCACCAACCUUCCCGGGGAGAAGGUGCCCGCAAAAAGAGGUUUGGUGCAUUGCAGCAUUUUCACGAUGCAACCUGGUUAAGGGAAUGGAAAAGGCUGCUCGCUCUAUCUCCCCUACCCACCCACCCUUUUUUACUUUCCGCUAAGCAAGCAGGACAAAACUGAGAUGGAAGCCGGGGAGGGGAGUGGGGCGUUAUUCUCCGUUGAGCGUGCAAUGCCUUAAACUAAGCCAGCAACUUUCCUGUCCCUGCCAAGGCCAGCCCACCGGUGCCAGAGGGGGUGUGUGUGGCUGUUGCUAUCUUUUUUCUUUUUUUUUUUUCCUGUUUGGGCAUUCGUUCAUUUUGGAAACGAGCAAAAAAUAUCCUUCCUGGGCUCAGGGCGGGAAGUCUUGGUGAGAUGCGAGAGCGUCAGGACGUGGGAAAGGCUGGUGUUGGGUCUGGGAGAAGUCAGAUCUUUCCUCUCUGACUUUCCAACUCCAAUCGGUGGUCUCCACAGGUCCAAAAUUCCAGAAAAAAAGGGACUUGUGAGUAUUACCUAAAACCCAUCGGCCUCUCCUAAUCCGUUCCUCGCUGGAACGAGGCAGGUUCCGGGGCUUUUCAAACCAAAGUUUUGAUUUAUUUGGGGACUGCUUGAGAUAAGAAUGAUACUCGGAGCUGAACAGAGCGAUGUUUUAUCAACUUUGGCGGUUUUUACAAUGGACGGACUUCAAUUCCCAGGAUUCCCCAGCCAGCCAGCAUGCUCAAAAGAUGGGUGGAAUUCUGGGAAUUGUAGUCCGCUUGGAGGGAUUUGAAGCGAUACUCCUUAAAAUGGAGAUUUUUUUUCCCUCCCCAUUUUUCAAGUUUCCUUCCCACGGCGGGUUUCAUAUACAGCACCUCUUUUGCAUUAUUAUUAUUAUUAUUUCUCCUCCCAGUGGGUUUUUCAUUCAUUUUUCUAGUCCAUUCCUGAAGAUUUAUGUUCUCGCACCUUAAAAGUUUUAACCCAAUGAAAACUUUUAAAACGGCAAGCAGGAGCAGUUCAGUCCUAGGAAACACUUCCGGGUUCAAUCUGGGAAUAAAAGUUUAUUAUUUCUUUUCCUCUCUUCCCCAUUUCACUCCAAGGGAGGGAAGGGUAAAACGCGACACUCCCCUUUAAGACCUCAAAAACCUCCCAAUUUCUUUUAAAAAACAAAAACAAAAAAAGAAAGUACAUUUGGGGCUUUUUUAAUGGGGAAAUUUCAUUUAGGAACUCGGGGUGGGGGUGGGGGUUUGGUCCUUUUUUAAUUUCCUUUUUUUAAAAAACAAAUAAAUAAAAUAACAGUAUUUCUGUGAUAGGGGCUGAUACCAAUUGAGGGUUUUAAUUUCUCUCUAUAUAAUGUGAUUUCCCUGCUGUGGAUCAGGUGUAUAAAUUAAAGAAUUCAUAACGAA